UUUAAGAAGUUAGAGAGCUGCAAAGACAGAGCUAGAGGGUUACUAUACUCUACUAAUUCAAUUCCUAACUUGCAAAGAUGGAGAACGGCACAGAAGGCAAGAACUUCUACAUCCCCAUGAACAACAGGACGGGACUUGUGAGGAGUCCUUUCGAUUAUCCACAGUAUUAUUUGGCGGAUCCAUGGCAAUUCAAGGUCCUGGCUUUUUACAUGUUUUUUCUGAUCUGCACUGGCUUCCCCAUCAACGCUCUGACGCUGCUUGUCACAGCUCAGAACAAGAAACUCCGGCAACCGCUUAACUUCAUCCUGGUGAACUUGGCUGUGGCAGGACUGAUCAUGGUCGUCUUUGGAUUCACAGUCACCUUGUACUCUUCACUGUUCGGUUACUUUGCUAUGGGACCCCUGAGCUGCACUAUUGAAGGAUUCAUGGCUACACUUGGAGGUCAAGUGUCUCUGUGGUCUCUUGUGGUCUUAGCUAUUGAGAGAUACAUUGUAGUCUGUAAACCCAUGGGAAGUUUCAAAUUCACUGCCAGUCACUCGGCAGUGGGCUGUGGUUUCACCUGGCUCAUGGCCUCCACCUGUGCGGUUCCUCCUUUGUUUGGGUGGUCAAGGUAUAUUCCUGAGGGUAUUCAGGUUUCCUGUGGACCUGACUACUACACCCUGGCGCCAGGCUACAACAAUGAAUCAUUUGUGAUGUACAUGUUUGCCUGCCACUUUACUUUGCCCGUCUUCACCAUCUUUUUCACAUAUGGAAGCCUUGUGAUGACAGUAAAAGCUGCUGCAGCCCAGCAGCAGGAUUCUGCUUCCACCCAGAAAGCUGAGAAGGAAGUGACACGAAUGUGCUUCCUGAUGGUGUGUGGCUUCCUUGUCGCCUGGGUCCCAUAUGCUUCCUUUGCAGCAUGGAUCUUCUUUAACAGGGGAGCUGCCUUCUCAGCCAGCGCCAUGGCUGUCCCUGCUUUUUUCUCAAAGAGCUCAGCGCUGUUUAAUCCUAUUAUCUACAUUUUGCUGAACAAACAGUUCCGUACCUGCAUUCUAGCUACAAUUGGAAUGGGCAGUAUGGUUGAGGAUGAGACCUCAGUGUCAACCAGCAAGACAGAAGUCUCUACUGCUGCAUAAGGAUUACAACAACACAUCUUCUGAGGGUGUCCUUCCUAACAUCUUCUUGAUUCUGAAUGGCUGUCUUGACAUAGAAAUACUAAUUAAAAAAAUAAAAUUAAAGUGAAAAAAACAGAAGCAAAGAACAUAAACUGUUCAAAAACAAACGGACAUUCAUCCUACACAACCCACAUUACCAGACAGCGACAAGUUUUCUGUACACCUUUAUACCGGUAAUUGUCCUUAAUUUUGAAAAAUGGACUCUGAAAUGAAACACAGCCUGGAGUGUUUCCUUGUUGAAUGGUGAUGCUAACAUCUGCUUGGGAAAUGUUCGAGGGGUGAUGGGUGAGAUUCACCUUUGUAUAUUUAUGAAAUGAUGAGGUUUCAGCCCCAGUCAUAAUAGCCUGUAAAUAUUUUAUAAAUGAAAAAGUGUAGAAAAAAUAUUAAAUGCAUGCAUCAAAAUA